GAGGGUGUUUGCGAUGAAAUUCACCUUAGCAGCCGUGGACGCUAGCUAAUUCAGUCUUAUUUGUGGAUUAUUACAGCGCAAUAUUAACAACAUCCUUGUCUGCGAAAGUUUGUGCGUAAAUUUGAUGGUGACAUCAUUCCUUUCUUUUGGAAGACCGCCGCAUCUGGAAUAUUGUAGGAUGCAAAGGGGUUUCCCGGGAGAGCGACGAUGAGUGUGACAUCAUGGUUCCUGGUAAGCAGCUCUGGCACCCGCCACCGUCUGCCCCGGGAGAUGAUCUUUGUGGGCAGAGAGGACUGUGAGCUCAUGCUGCAGUCUCGCAGUGUGGACAAACAACAUGCUGUGAUCAACUACAACCCUGCCACUGAUGAGCACCUACUCAAGGACCUGGGCAGCCUGAAUGGGACAUUUGUCAAUGACUUGAGGAUUCCUGACCAGACUUACAUCACCCUGAAGCUGUCAGACAUUGUUCGCUUUGGAUAUGAUUCCAACGUGUACGUUCUAGAAAAGAGUCAGCACAGGGUCCCAGAGGAGGCACUCAAGCAUGAAAAAUACACCAGCCAACUACAGAUGGGUCUUAAGGCCUCUGAAGGGAAGAAACAAGACCUGCUAGAUGACAGAUCCAAACUGGAGAAGACUGAACGCAAGACUCACACAGAGGCUCCUGUGUCUCGGCCCACACCAUUGUACGGCCAGCCUUCAUGGUGGGGGGAAGAGGACUCUGGGAAUAAAGGUACACAGGGUGAUGGGAGAAGGUCCGAUGAAUGUCAUCCAGAGGUUUCAAAGGAGGUUCACACUGUUGACGCAGAAGUCAAUGGCUCUAUUCAAGAUUAUCGUGACAGCCAGAACAAGUCUGCCUAUCUGUACCAUCGUGAACCCAGCUACUUUGAAAUCCCUACCAAGGAGUUCCAGACACACUCCAAGCCACCAGCGGUGGAACUGAAUGACAUCCCCACUAAAGACACUGAUUCCUCUCCAGUUUUCACCGCCCCAGUAGUACAGAGUCAUGCCUCUUUCACCAUUGAGUUUGAUGAAUGUGCACCGGGCAAGAUAAAGAUUAAGGACCACGUCACCAAGUUCUCUUCCCGCCAACGCAGUAAGCAGCAGCAAUCCAGCAAGCCUCUGGCAUCUACGCCAACUGAGGUGCAGUCUGCUGAAAGCAAAGUAGCUGAUUGGCUCGUGCACAGUGAUGUCAGCAUGAUGCGGAGGCGGCCACCCUCUGAAGAUGCGUACAGCACAAAGAGUGAUCUGGCCAUGCAAAUACGGACACUCAAAGGGCAUCAUCAUGAAGAUGGGACCCAAAGUGAUUCGGAGGACCCAGUCAUGAAAGUAAAACAAAGCAAGUCUCACCACUCUAUGAAAUCCCAGCUAUCCCACCAGUCAGCUCAGCCAAAGUUUUCUGGGUCAACUCCCGAGCCAGUGCAGUCACAAAGGUCAUAUCAGCCCCGGCAGCAAUCACCACCUGCCUCCCCUGUGGGCACAGAAAGCACAGUUCCAAGGGCUGCUCCAGAGGUGCCCUCUCCCACCCAGACGCAAUUAAAACUUGGACCUCAUGAGCCCCAGAGCCAGCAAGCUUUCAUCAUUGAGUUUUUUGAUGACAAUCCUCGGAAGAAACGCUCUCAAUCCUUUACUCACAAUACGGCGCAUGCAGAUUCCUACUCUGCCCUCAAGGCCAAGCUGGAGAGGCGUAAAGGCGGGGCUCAUGGUGAAAGACCAGCAUCUGUACAUGGACACAUCCCUCCAACACAGCAAAUCACAGUUCCACUUAAAGGUUCAGGCCACACUGGUCCACAGAGGUCUAGCUCUCUGAAGAGAGAAAAGACAGAGGAAGCGCUAAGUGGGAGCAGCACAUCCCCUUCCUCCUCUGGCCCCUCUUCCCGUUCCUCCCCUGCCAUCACAAUCAAGCCUUUUGGCAGUUUAGGGAAAAAGUCCAAGCUGGCCCAAGAAUUUGCAGCCGAGUUCCUCAAAGACAUUGAUAAGACAUCCCCUCCGCCGAUGUCUGCCCCACCAGUGAUGAUGUCCCCAGCUCAUACUCAUCUGCCCUCCCCUGCAGACCCAUUGGGCCCCUCGUCUAUGUCCUAUCCCUCCUCCCCCUCACAGCUCCCUACAGUACCUCAACCACUUGCCCCUACUUCCUCUCCUGUUCCUGUUCCUGUUCCUGCCCCCACCCACCCCCCAGCUAAGAGUUUGGUUUCUAGUAUCUCCCCAGGUCGCUCAGCCGUUCAGUCUACCCCUCCAUUGCAUCCACUGGAGGUUAGUGGGAUGGAAUCCAAAGCGUCUAGAGUUGUGCGAACAGAAGAAGAGGAUAGUUUAAGUGAUGCUGGUACCUACACUAUUGAGACAGAGUCCCAGGAUAAGGAGGUGGAAGAGGCUCGAAGUAUGAUUGACCAGGUAUUUGGAGUGCUGGAUGCCCCAGAAUACAGUGGCCAGACCAUGGGAAUUUACAGGCCAAUAAUUGAUGAUGGUAGAGGUGAAGAAGCAAUCUUGGGUCAUGUGCAGGGUGGUACGAUUGACAUAGUACAGGGCUUUAACCAAUCAAACCUCAACGGGGACCCUGCAGCCCCACUGCAGGGGCACUCUGACCAGGGGGGGCCUAAAUGGGUCUCUCGCUGGGCAAGCCUUGCAGACACCUAUAGUGAACCUGGGGCCACACAGGUACCCUCAGGCACUCCACCUCAUGGUGGACUCACAGACAGAGAGGAAAGAUUAUCAUUAGUGGUAAGCCAAAGCUUCGAUAAUUCGGAAUCAGAACACAGUCAAGGUUCCAGAACCCGCCGGCUCCUUCCCCAGUUGCCACCAGGAGAAAAACCGGAGAGUCCCACCCCCAGCAUUUUAAUCCAACAUGAUCCCUUAUUGGACCAUGAGCUACCAGAACACAGCUCUGGUACGCCACGCCAGCAAGGUUCCACCCAGAUGCUACGUGUACAGGACGAUGUGGACCCUGACAGCUUAAGUGACACCAGCCGUUCAGACGACAGCUCCAUACUCGACAGAAGUAGGAGGAGCCAGGGAAGAAAGGGGACAGCCGCCAGCUCACCUGGGGAAAAUGUAACUAGGGGCAGGGGGCAAGAAAUGUCAGCACCCACACCUAAAGCCACUUCAUUUUACAUCGGUUCAGAGGAUAGUUCAUGCAAAUCAGAUACAACUCGGAGCCCAGUUCAGUCCUAUUCCGACAGAGAUCUGUCACCUAAAAUGCCACCCACCACAGUCUUGAUAAGGCAUUUAAGUAGUCAUGAGCCGCGACGACCUGUUAAGCCAAAUUCCUCAGCCCCCAACCUCCAGACACAGGAUAGAGAUACUGUGCCUACCAGAGAGAGUUCCUCAACUUCUUUUGUCAGGCAGGAGAGCUUCACCAAAGAUAGACCCAGCGACAACAUACCAGUAAAGAAGCUCCCACACAUUUCCAGUCACCCAACCUUGAGGGACUUGGACCAAAGGGAAAGUGGUGGACUAGAUAUACCACCCCAGCCUAGGGAGACAGAGAGAUCUCUGAUGUCACCAGAGGACAAACUUCCAGAACCUGUCCGAGCAUCCAAAAAAGGGAUUUCUCCUGGACAAGCAGAUGACUCCUUGUCUGGUGAAUCAGAUGUAGACACAGCCAGCACUGUGAGUUUGGUGAGCAGUAAAAAUGCUCCCAUCUCUGCACCCAAGAAGCGGACAUCUGGAAGUAGCCUACAUAAAGACAAGUCCUCCUCCAGCUCAUCUGUACAAGAGAAGGCCAGACAACCCACAGCCCGAGAGCGCCUGUCAGAGAAACGUCGCAGCCAGGUCACUGCUGACAAUGGCAACAAAGUUGAACUUACACGGCGACUUCAGCUUCGUCGCAGUGCUGGCAACCGUGGUUCCUUGGACCUAUCUGAAGGUCAGCAGAAUCAUGGCCAGCAGUUGUGGCCUGACACAACUGCUUCUGACCAUGAGUCUGGCUCACGUCCAGCCAUCCGCAAGAAGAUUUCUGCACCUCUACAGAAGGAAGAUACCAGCAAGUCAUCCAAGAACAACCAACAAGUGCUCACUAGAUCCAACAGCCUUUCAGCCCCAAGACCAACCCGAGCUUCCAUGCUGCGGCGUGCCAGGUUGGGAGAGGCUUCUGACAACGAAGGUGCAGAGACAGACCGUGGCUCUCAGACAUCAGAGCAAACUAAGGUUACUGGUGAUGGGAAGAAGCUCUCAAGACUGGACAUACUGGCCAUGCCUCGAAAGCGUACAGGGUCAUUCACUGCGCCAAGUGACAACGAGUCCUCAGGUAGUAAACCUGGUAAUUUGACUCGUACAACAGAGGCAAGUGGUAUGGGACGCAAGAUGCCAUCUAAUGAGACCAGGCAGGGUAGCACCAAAGGGACUGGUGCUACAGGGAAGCAUCCAUCUGGCCGCACUCGCUCCAGCCAAGUUAAACACAGUAGCACAGCCAGCUCUCGGCGGAAGCAGAAGGGUUCAGAUUAUUCCUCUACCUCAGAAGAGGAGAUUGAAACCAGCACAAACAAUAAACACAAACGCUCCCAUGCCUCAGCUUCAACCCAGACACAGACACCCCAAAAGACCAUGCAGGCCAGACCCAAAUCUGUGUGCCUAGACACUGAGGAGGAGGAGGCCCAGAAUGAGCAUUACCAGAACUGGUCUACUCACAGUGCAGAGAUUGCCAGGUUGAGUCAAGAUUUGGCCAAAGACCUUGCUAUCCUUGCCCGUGAAAUCCAUGAUGUAGCAGGGGACGGUGACUCCCAAACCUCUUCAGGCAUGGGCACCACCACAUCACCAGGCUCUAUGCCCAACACCCCGGCCUCUACUAUCUCUGCCCGAGAGGAGAGACCAUAUUCAUCAUUACAAGGGUUCCUGUCAUCUCAGCUUGUCCAGCACAUACCUGAAGCCAGCUUGAACUACCAGAAGGUUCCACCUGGUUCAGCUGGAGCCAUGGAGCAGGAUUCAAACAUGAAUGAUCAAGACGGCUCCAAGCGUCGUCCCUGGAACCGUGAAGAGGUCAUUUUAGAUAAUCUAAUGCUGAACCCAGUAUCCCAACUCUCCCAGGCAAUCAGGGAGAACACGGAGCAGCUGACAGAGAAAAUGAAAACAUUGUUCCAUAACAAGACAGAAAUCUGGGAGGAGAUAGAAGCAAAGAUCAAUGCAGAAAAUGAAGUUCCUAUCAUCAAAUCGUCAAACAAGGAGAUCUCUUCCAUUCUGACAGAAUUGAGGAGGGUUCAGAGACAACUAGAAGUGAUUAACACUAUAGUUGAACCUGGUGGUUCAGCAUCUAAGAUGUCAGCCAUGGUGAGUUCCCCAGGAGGGAAAACCAAACCAUCCUCCAGAGAGAGCAGAUCCUCCUCUCAGAUACACAGCUCCAGCCCAACUACAGCGAAUGCCAACAAGGGUGCAAAGAGGGGUGCGUCGGGGCAGAAGGAGGAACGUUUUCUGGUCUGAAUGGUAAACCAGUAACACCCUCCUUUGAAAGACUUCCACUAUUCUUGCCAAAUUCGUAACAUGAUACAUUGCACAAGCUGAAAUAAAAGUAGUCAAAGCCGCGUUGUUAGAAGUUUAACCUGUCGCUUUCUUAAACGAGUGGAAGAACAUCCAUGUGCCUCGUUUUCUUGUCACGUCAUAAUGGAUAGCGGAGGAAAGAGUGAAGUGAUACCGUUUUUAGAUGAGAAUCAUCUCAGAGGCGUGGCAGUGUUGUUGCGCCAUAUCUGUCCUUCUGUAUUAUUCGGCACUCCUAUGGAAAACUGUUUCAGUACUUACAUGUUGUGUGUCGGGCUGAUGUAAAGCUACAGAUAAACAAGUAAGUAAGAAAGUGAGAAGCAAAAGAGCGAGGGAUUGUCGACUUGUUUUGAGUGCUUGCCUUGUAAAAUAUGAUUGACAGAGUUCAAAAGGGCAUAUCCAUUAUUUUGCUAGCUUGGCAAACAGUGAAUGAUGUGAAAAGAUGUUUAUCAAUUCUUUAUUUCAAAUCGAGGUGAUUGUCAGAUAUUGUGAUUGUUAUGCAAGGUUUUUUUUUUGUUUUUUGACUGUUGUGAAUGUUGAGUGUUAUGAAAGAUUAGAAUGUCAUAUUAGUGCUUUUCAGAAUGUUACCUUGAGGGAAUUUAUUCC